CCGAGGUACCUCCCAGUAGCAGCUUCCGGGUCUUUAGCUUCACGGCGACCCGGCCCAUGACCCGCCGCUCCUCGCCCUAGUAGCAUUGUAGCCUGUAGAAGCACGCUUGUCCGUUCCUAGACGAUUCCACUCGUGACAAGCGAACAGGUAGAACCUUAUACUUUUUGAGAAAGCAUGUUUCCCGAAUUGUACCACACUUAGUGCGAUAUAUUGUUUUAGUGAACGUGUGGAGUCCCACUGGACCUGUAAAUUACGAUUCCACCAAUCAGCUCUUGUGAAGCGGGAAGAUAUUCGGGCCUAACUUCAAGGAUGCGCGGGAACGAUACAGUGGUCGAGUCAACGUGCAAGGAGACCGAUGGUCCCAGCGCGGCUACCUACAUGUAACGAAGCUGUAAGAGCUACAGAUCUCCGCGAGGUAGAUACACGUGAAGCUCUGUCUCGCAGUGAUUUCGUCUCCACUGGGGACUCUCGAAGCAAGUCAGUGACCGCAUUUGGGAAACAAGCUGCACUUUACGAGGUUUACGAGAGUUGACUGCGGCCAGGCUGCGUUUACUCCGUACUACAGUGGCUAAGUCAGUACAUUUGAUCGUUAGGGCUGUUAACACAAUCCUUUCAUAAUAUAUAAACCUGAGGUGUCUUAUACGUAUCAGGUGUUCGCUGAGGAAGCAGAUUACUGUACACUACUUCGUCACAUUCCCGUAGACCCUUAACUUGUGCAGGGCAGGGCCAGCCUGCGUCAACCGAUUUUUGCCACGCAAUCAUGACAAAGGCUGCAACCCACUUACGCCACCAACGGAGUCCGUCGCAAUGGCUUUCAGUUAGACACAAAUGUUCCCAGCCAACGACGACGAGUCUCCAGGUACCCUUUACCUAUUAGUAGUAGGUGUUUGGUUUUGGCGAGUAAACAAAUGCACAAAAUGUUGAUUACCCUCCUGUUCUCGAUACACGUUUCUAGGGGUUAUCGUGCUGGCGGACCGGAUGGAUAACCUGUUGCUCUGUUGGCCCCUUUCCACUCCUCGAUUUCCUCGCAGCACCGCGCGCUCCCAGAUUUAGCCACCAGACUGCCAACUGGUACUCAUGGCCGCCUUUGAAUCCAAUCGCGACUUCGUCAGCGGUGAAAACCCCCUCAACGCCACGCGCCUCCCCGCUCUGCUCCCACCGCGACAGCAAGAAUACGCGUCGCCAAGACGCCUCGCCUCCGUCUUCACCCGCAAGCGCGAGACUGUAGACGCCCAGUCCGAGCUUAUGUCAGCUCUCGUGCCUCUCACCCAGCUUAUGGCAGCCGCCAAGUCCUCCACGCCUCCUUCCGGAGCGGACCCUCCAGCACCGAAGACGCUCAGCCCCGCACCGCCCAAACCCAAGCGCAAACGCAUCCGCCUGAAGACGGAGCGACGCCGCGAGCAGUGCAGGAACAACCAAGCGCGCUACCGCGACAGACAGCGAGGCAUCGUUCGCGAGCUCGAGCAGAGCGUGCAGCACCUGGAGCAGGAGAUCCAGGGACUCACUACGCGGCGCCAUACCUUGCGCUACGGAGCGCAGACCACGCAGACCAAACACAACGUCUGGAAUGUCGUGGUCGAAUACUUCCGCCUCCUGCGCUACGGCUUCCUCAUGCCGUUCUGCGGGAUGGAUCCCAAUGUUGCUGCUGCGUCGUCGUCCGACGCUGAGCCCCACGACCAGGAGUUCUUCUUGAGGGCAGCCAUGGCGGAUGACGUGGGAGUUGGAGAGCUCGCGGGGGUUGAUGCCCUUAUUGAGCAGUGGAAGCGCUACUCGUCCUGCUUCGGUAGCCUGCACUUGAAGCUGAAGCGAUUGGAGCAGCAGCCGCUCGGGAACGUCGUCGCAACGGCCACACUCAGUCUUACCAUCACGGAAGCGACGCUACGAUAUGUGUUCCCACAUCUGCUAGCGCUAGAAGGCUCUCAGUCUCACAGUGAAGACCUCGGCCGUGCUUCUCCGUUGUACGCUCGCCUACUCAGAGAGCGACUGGAGUGUCCGUGCACUGUGCGCUUCAUGUGGGACGACUCGACAGGACGCGUAACUCGCCUGGAUACCGCGAUUGACUUCUUGUCGCCGCUGCUUCGAGCGCUCGGCAGUCUUGAAGACGUUAGCUACGUGCUAGGAGAGGCCCGCAUCACACCGGCCUGUUUAAUCGGUGAGAUACAGAUUUGAAUGCAAUUUUUACCAUUUCGCUCGUGAUGUUGCCAAAGCAGAUUCCCAUCAAUAAAUUGAAGCAGCUCUACGAUUUCGCGAAUCUACUUGCCACUUCCGCCUGUGAACAAUUUCCAACCUGAACACGCUUGAUUUAAAAGAAAUGACUUAGGGAGAAGUUAACACUGCAUUCAUGUAUGUAUUUAAAUGGAUCGUUGUCUACGCGGAUCUACUUUCAGCCAGCUUUCCGUCAGGCGUGACCCGUGCGUCUUCGAAGACGCGCGCUACGUCCUCCAGGCUGCCGAGCAGUCGAAGCAUUGGCGUCAGCAUGUCCAUCUUCGUCUCCAAGCUCGUGACGCGACCACUGCCGUGGUCCCAGCCGAACCGGAUCGAGCCCUUCACAACAAGGCGCUCAUCGAGCAUACGAGCUGCGAGUGUGGUGCUUUCGGACGCCAGCAAGUGCGGGUACGCGUGGCGCAGCGUGUUCUCCGUCAUGGUGAUAUCCAUCGU